GGGCAUCCAACCACUGAGCCACAUUCCCAGCCCUGUUUUGUAUUUUACUUAGAGACAGGGUCACACUGAGUCCUUAGCGCCUCACUUUUGCUGAGGCUGGUGAUUCUCCUGCCUCAGCCUAAAGAGCCCCCUGGAUUAACAGGCAUGCACAACCUCACCCAGCUGGCCCAGGAACUCUAGUAUCCCACUUCCUGUGCUUCCAACAGGGACUAGGCUCAGGUCUGAGUCUGUGCCUUCACCAUCACUGUGCUGACUCACCCCUGCAACACCAAGUCACCAAGGGGAGGAGCAGAGCACUCCUGUGCUUCCCUGACCUUGUCUGUCUCUCGCCCCCAGGGGGAUUAGUGUCCAGGUUACCCCAGCUUGCUGCCACUGCUUAGUGGCCUUGCCGCCCCCACAACCUACAGGUAUAAAGCCAGGUAGAGGAAGUAGGGGAGGCAUCAAGAAUGGAGAUGCUCCAGGUAAGACUGUAGGGCCCUUGGGCACCUCCCAACUCUACCCAGGCCACAGUUGGCAUAGAGGGAGUCUUGUGACCUGUGAAGGAAGCCUCUUUCUAGCAGGGUGACAACCAGCAGGCUUCCUGCAGGAGGGAAGUGGGUGGAGCACACCUGAGGGUAGGUAUCUUAACAACUGGGGCAUCUGGGGUCCCUUGGGAUGUGGGGUGGACCCUGAAGGCCUGUGUCAGGGAUAGAGGAUCAAAGCAGAGAAUGUUCUGAAUGGAGAUACUGGGCAGGACCCCUGGUCCUGAAUGUGUGUAUUCAGGAGACUGGAGGGCAAGGACUGAGGUCUCAGGCUGGGCCUGAGGCACUGGCCUUGUCCCAGGGGUUGCUGCUGUGGCUGCUGCUGAGCAUGAGUGGGGUGUGGGCCUCUAGGGGUCCACUUCGGCCAUUGUGUCGGCCUAUCAACGCCACCCUGGCUGCUGAGCACGAGGCCUGCCCAGUCUGCAUCACCUUCACCACCAGCAUCUGUGCUGGCUACUGCCCCAGCAUGGUUCGGGUACUGCCAGCUGCCUUGCCGCCUGUGCCCCAGCCAGUGUGCACCUACCGUGAGCUGCGCUUCUCCUCCAUCCGGCUCCCCGGCUGCCCGCCUGGUGUGGACCCCAUAGUUUCCUUCCCAGUGGCCCUCAGCUGCCACUGUGGGCCCUGUCGCCUCAGCAGUUCUGACUGCGGGGGUCCCAGAGCUCAACCCUUGGCCUGUGACCUCCCCCACCUUCCAGGCCUCCUCUUCCUCUAAGGGCCUCCCCUCCCAACUCACUGCCCACCCCAGCUUCUGGAGCCCACCCGUGCUCCAGUCCUCCCCUCUCAAUAAAGGCUUCUCA